CGUCGGCCGAAACAUCAUCACUCACUCCGCUCGUCUCCAAGAAUACAAACACGCGCUGCCAGAAGGCACGGAAACAUUCGGCUCCCCUCCGAACAGCAGCCAGAUGGAGCUUCAGCCUCUUGAGCUCAGAGGAACCAGCUCGCUCAUAAGCUCUGGGAUGAGUGCAUCAAGAAGGAAAACUAAAGAUCGGCUCAACGAUCAAAUUUUACCGAAACCCUUCCAUGUCAAUAUGGGAGAGAAGAUGAUCCAGGUCGCCUUUCCAAAAGAGCAUCCUUACGCAUCCCAUAUAUCUCGCUAUGCAAUCUUUCCAUCAUUUAAAUGUCCGGACGAUCCAGACUCGGGAGUCAGAGCUUCGUCGCAGCCUUUCCUCACCCCUCACGUUCCGAAGGCUGCCCCGGAAGUGAGCGUGCUGAGCAAGUGUAUCGGAGGUCCAUAUCGGCUGGAGGUUGUGGAGUCUGCCGCAGGGAGAGGGGAGAACGCUCUGGCGUGGCCUGGGCACCGAGGAUUCUGGGAUUAUGCGAAGCCGAUGACAGAAGAAAGUCAAGUCUGGUACCCCACUCCCCCGAAGACUGUCCUGCCUAAUCCCAAACUACGUGAGUGGGAAGGAACUUUACCAGAGCGCACCAGCAACAUGCUGAAGAAUCUGGAGAAGGCCCUCUGGGUCACGUCGUAUCAGAUGCACUACACUGGCUCCGGACCAGCCCGUCCUCUCCAGAUCGAUGACUUCAGGGAAAAGAUAAGUGACCCCAGCGGGACGUCUUCACACGCUGCACCUCUGAGAGAAAGGUCACAGCCCGUGUUCAUUCCCUCGAAACCAAGAAGAGGACGCCGGAGAAGACAUGAGAGCUUCAUGCAACUGAGUCCCUCCUUAGCUUCAAAGCAAGGCUCUCCUUCAGCUACUGUAAACCAAUGUAGGUCACCAGAGAUUACCACCGAGUCUAAUGAAGCACCGGUGCCAAACAAACUGGGUCACAGUAUAUCACAGGGCGCUGUGGAAGUGCUGAGCUCAGGGUUUCCUCAGGAGGUCAUGAAGAAAGACUCCUGCGACAGGUUUUGGAAUGUUGGUGCUCAUCAGGAACUGCAGCUUAAAUCCGGGCUCCUGCCUCGUCCACCCGUCCUUCCUGGCAUCCAGCAGUCAAACAGAACCAACAGUUCCAACCCGCAGACACUUCUACAGCCAUUCAGUAAGUCUGAAGCUCAUCGCCGGUUUAACGUCUCCACCGCAAGACCUCUUGUGAACCUGAAUGACAACGUGGUCACCGGACGAAAACACGACUUCUAUGGAGUCAACUGCAACUUCCUUCACUGAGGGUUGCCUCACCACUUCAGCGAACACAGACCACAGUGGGAUCCAGUGAGGGUCCUGAUGACUUGAACUACUGUAGUUGGCCAUUGGUCUGAGAUAUGAAACAAAAGUGACAGAUUUGCAUUCAAGUCAAUGCAGAGGCGUGAAUAUGGGCGAGGAAAUUGAAGCACGUUUGGGAUGACAAGGUCAGAACUACAGUGACUUUCAUGCUGAAGUUGAAAAGUCUGAACUCUGGCGACACGUUAACCAAUUGGAUUUUAGAUUUUGCACAGAUAGGCAAGCGUGUAUUUGAAACGUAGGAUGGUAGAGGAAGCUACCGCCUUCCUCGACCCUCGGAUUGACUUCAUUUCAUUUCAUAUGGCCAUGAAAACAUCACCUCAUGUUCAUGGCAGGCUGAAAAGCUGAGGUAAGUAGCUGAGCAGAGCCAAAUGUUUAAAGCUAAGUUGCUCAUUCAUGAUCGAAAUUGAAAGUUUGGGAGGAGAAGAAUCAGAAGCGAGGAAGGCGGCACCGUCCCUACCAUCCUGUUUAUCAAAUUAAAGGGAAAGUUGAUCGAAAGAAGGGGAGAAAAGAAAGAGAAGCUAAUUGUGGCAGUUGCUAACAUUCACGACUCACCAGGCUCCUCUGAAUGAUGGAAUCCCACGGUAGACAAUUACUGAUGGGCUGGUCAGGCUUCAUGAAACAGUGUCCAUGUUCUCAGAGCCCAGUCUUGGUUUAAAAUUGAUGAAGUUUCUUUGAAAUGGUUGUUCAAUUACCAAGAUUUUAGAGCAGAUGGAGCCAUUUUGUGGCCUCUGAAAGUAAGGACACUGUUUCAUGAAGCUUCAUCGUCUCAUCCAAUAGUGACAAUUCUGCCUCUCAACUUUUUCACUGUCCACUAACUUCAGCAGAGUGACCUACUUUUUCAGCGUGACUAGUGUGUCAUGUGUGAUGUGAACGUACCUGAAGACCUGUAGGCCAGUGUCAACCAAGGCACUUUCAUUUCCCCCCUCCUCCCACAGUAAUUCACAUCAACCAGCUUUCAUUGUGGCAGUGAUGAUGGAAUUAAGGAGGCUUCUUCUUUGAGCUCGUGUGUUGAACAAGAAGUGUAGCGCCACUGUCAGUCCAUGAACACAUAGCUGUGCAUCUGUGCUUCGCCCUAGGAUUGGAAAUAAUUGAACGCAUCCCGCACAUGUUUUCUUAGCUGGUGUAACUCAUAGACAGACACUACUGCACUUGCUGCAGGAGCUCACCGACACGUGUGUUCUCCCACAUGCUCCCCCAGCACUGCUGGAAAACAGGCACUCAAUUAUGCCUCGGCCCAUAUUGGAGUCUCUAAUUGUCUGUCCCUGAGAUGAACCAGCAACCAGUUCAGUGCCCCAGAUGUUCUUUUAGACCUUGGUUUCACAAAAAGUUUGUGACAAUUUUUGUUUGGGUUUUCAGAGGUGAGGGAUCACAAUACUUGGCCAGUGGGUCAAAGGUUUCUGGGAGGGAAAAGAGGCCUGCAACACACGUGGCACUGCCAAGAAGCGGUGCACGUGUUUAACCAUUGUUACUGUCUUGUGAGACAAAGGCUGUACAGUUUCUGGUUGGGUUUCCUUUCUUCCAGCCUGUUCAUGUAGCAUGCUAAUUAUCUCCUAAGCCCACCGAAUGGUCUGAAUCCACUGUCGUUGUUAAUUCCGUCUUUGUUUCUGUGCAUUUUAUGCACGACAUUAAUUAGAGCUCAACAUGUGUGGAACAACAGUGCCCUCCUAUACGGCUCCCUUAAGCCGCCGCAGACAGACAAAUAAAAGAAAAUCCCUUCAAAGCUCUUAGAGUCCGCAUGUCAUGUGUUCACCAGAUAAUUACCAUGGUGUUUUCAUUUACAUGAGAGGACAUUUAUAUGAAGCUGUAUCGCACACGCACACACACACAACCCUGAGUUGUGCAAUGGAAUCUGAGUGUGGAGGUGCUGCGGUAACCUUCGCGCUCGGCGGUGUGAAAGAAGAAAAUAACCCUUUUUCAUAUAAUCUUUUGCCGUCAGGCUGACUCAUUGUGAAAAGAUUUUUGUGUGUGACAGCGAGUCCUUGAGGAGGGAGCCGCGCGUCCUUCAGAGACAGAGCAACAUGAUAAUGGCUCCCACUGCAAACUGCACCUGUGCAGCUGCUGAAUCCAGGAACGUGAGACAAGGCCACACUCGCAUGCAGUGUGGAGCCUCAUUCCAUCCUCGCUGGCUGGGUGUCACAAAUCAGCUCA